AUGCCUUUCUUUGAGCGCAACGAGAAGAUAUCCAUCUUCUACCUAGACGAAGGCCCUCAAGAUGCAACAGUCGUUCUGUUGAUCCCAGGGAUAACAUGCGACCUUCACGACUGGAACUGGCAAGUUCCCUUCCUUCUAGAACACGGCUUCCGUGUAAUCACCCCGGACCCCCGAGGCCAGGGCCGCUCGUCGGCCCCGGACCCGACACCGAACAUCCGAUCAUGGCCCGGUCCCGACUCGGACCCGACAAUCGUCGAUUAUUACCCGCAAUCCACCGCACAUGAUUUCAUCGCAUUACUCGGCCACUUGAACAUCUCCUCCGUCGUCUUGAUCGCACAUUCACUCGGCACCGCUGUCGCAUAUCACCUCGCUUCCGUGCGUCCCGAUCUCACCCGAGCCUUGGUCGUCUUCGACGCGCUCCACUCGGUCCCGUCCGCCACUGCCGACGAAUACCUCACGGAUCCGCAGCAAGUCUUGCAAAACUUGGUGAUGUUAUUUGGAGAGGCACUGUAUCCGCCCACUGUUCCCGCAUGGCAUAACACGUGGGUGGGACGAAGAGCGGCUCAGGGUAGCAUGGAAGUUGUACUGGCGCAGUGCUGGGCAUGCUUGGGUGACCCUAACGGCAUUGGACGACGAGAAAUAUCCGUUGCCCAGCAUGAUGGAAAGAUCAAGUGCCCUCGCUUGACGCUGGGUAACAGUAGUUUCUGGGUCAGUACCGAGAAAACCUACCUCUCGCCAAGCACCGAGUUAGACGAAGUACAUCUCGUCGAGGGCGCAGGCCAUUGGUUCUUUCAGUUAAAGAGCGAUAAGGUGAACCAUAUGUUGAAGAAGUGGUUUGUCAGAAUCGGUUUGGUAUGA